AUGUGUGACAUGGGGGGACUCGAUAACUUGGUGGCCAACACGGCCUACCUGAAAGCCCAGGGGGGAGAUGACAAGGAGAUGAAGAAACGUCGGCGAAGUCUGUCCCUUCCCAAGCCGGAGCAGUGCGCAGAACUCAGGAUAAAUCUAGAGAAGGACUUUGACUCCCUCUGCGAAAAACAGCCUGUAGGAAAGCGUUUCUUCCGCCAAUACCUUGAUCAAGGGGGACCUGAGUGUGUUGCUGCGGCCGAAUUUUUGGAUGAUCUGAAUGACUGGGAAUUGUCGGAGGGCGCUGCCAGAGACAAGGCCCGUACAAAUAUCAUUAAUAAAUUCUGCAAGGACGGUUCCAAGAGCUUCCUCACCUACCUGACAGGAGAUGUAGCAACCAAGUGCAAGGCAGUUACUGACAAAGACUUCGAGGAGGUGAUGGGACUGGUGAAGGAUGCCACCAAUGAGUUUGUCAGAGGCAAACCGUUUACAGAUUAUCAGGAAAGUCAAUUCUUUGACAAGUUUCUGCAGUGGAAAGAAUAUGAGAAACAGCCCAUCACUGAGAAAUACUUCUAUGAAUUCAGGACACUUGGAAAGGGUGGAUUUGGUGAGGUUUGUGCGGUGCAGGUGAAGAACACCGGCCAGAUGUAUGCCUGCAAGAAGCUAUGCAAAAAGCGUCUGAAGAAGAAACAUGGUGAGAAAAUGGCCCUGUUGGAAAAGAAAAUCUUGGAGAAGGUGAACAGCCUGUUUAUCGUCAACCUGGGUUACGCUUAUGAAACCAAGACCCAUCUCUGCUUGGUCAUGAGCUUGAUGAAUGGAGGUGACCUCAAGUAUCACAUCUAUAACAUUGGUGAGAAGGGCAUCGAAAUGGAUCGGAUCAUCUAUUACACAGCUCAGAUUUGUACCGGGAUGCUGCAUCUACAUGCCAUGGACAUUGUGUAUCGUGACAUGAAGCCUGAGAACGUGCUUUUGGACAGCCAGGGUCAAUGUCGUCUCUCAGAUCUUGGUCUUGCUGUGGAGAUUCCGGUUGGAAAAACCAUCACCCAAAAAGCUGGAACCGGUGCAUAUAUGGCACCUGAAAUCCUGACUGAAAUUCCGUACAGGACCUCAGUGGAUUGGUGGGCUCUUGGCUGUAGUAUCUAUGAAAUGGUGGCUGGCUACACCCCAUUUAAAGGUCCCGAUUCCAAGAAGGAGAAAGUGGAGAAGGAGGAGGUACAGAGGCGGAUCAUCAAUGAGGAGCCCAAAUAUGAGCACAAGAACUUUGAUGCCCCCACAAUAGACAUCAUCAAGCAGUUCCUCAAGAAGAAGAUGGACGAACGUCUAGGCUGCAAGGGUGAUGAUCCCAGGAAGCACGAGUGGUUCAAGUCCAUCAACUUUGCCCGUUUGGAGGCCGGCCUCAUCGACCCUCCCUGGGUACCCAAACCCAAUGUUGUCUACGCGAAGGAUACAAGUGACAUUGCCGAGUUCUCUGAAAUCAAAGGUAUUGAGUUUGAUGCUAAGGAUGAUAAAUUUUUCAAGGAGUUCAGCACAGGGGCUAUACCUAUCGCCUGGCAAAUGGAGAUGAUUGACACCGGACUCUUCGAUGAGCUUAAUGACCCCAACCGGAAAGAAUCAGCAGGUGGCUUAGACGACGAUAAGAAAUCGGGUACCUGCGCACUUUUGUGA